CGCGCAUCUGGAAGCCACACUGGGCAGAUUCCGUUGAGUCCGCCAGCAUUGCACAAUACUUGAGGGAGAGGGAAGAAACGGUACGCGUUGCACAGGUGAAAAUGGAGAAAGUAUUAGGACUCGCUGUGGUGUCCAGUAUUUUGUGCGUCGGGUCAGUUUUGGGGAAAUACGUCAGAGGGAUCGUCAACACAAAAGAGGACUGGGUGUUUCUAACAAGGUUUUGCUUCCUAACUGAUUUUGGUCGAUUGGACUUUAGGUUCCGUUACCCCAAGUCCCGUUGCUGUCAGAACAUAUUGCUGUACUUUGAUGAAAGCUCUCAGUGGCCAUCUGUGUACAAGAGUCUGGACAAGGACUGUUAUACAAAAGAAUCAGUAUUGAGGCCUGAAAACAACCAAGUCAUCAACCUGACCACCAGCUACACCUGGUCUGGCUGUGUGAUUGAAACAGAGGGAAAUGAGGACAUGCUGAGUUGUGUAGGAGGUCGAAGUUUUCGUUCAGUCCGAGAGAGAUGGUGGUACAUCGCGCUCAGCAAGUGCGGCGGAGAUGGGCUGCAGCUGGAAUAUGAAAUGACAUUAAGCAACGGACAGUCGUUCUGGACCCAGCAUUUCUCAGCUGAUGAAUUUGGCAUCCUGGAGACUGACAUCACAUUCCUGGUCAUAUUUGCUUUUGUGUUUACACUGUCUUGUUACUUUGCUUAUAAUUUAAAGGGAAGACAGCUGCUCCAUACCACCUAUAAGAUGUUUAUGACUGCGGCUGGAGUCGAGGUGUUGAGCCUGCUCUUCUUUUGCCUUUACUGGGGUCUUUAUGCCAGGGAUGGCGUCGGGAACGGCAGUCUGAAGAUAUUAGGGAAAUUACUCUUUUCCGUGAGCUUCCUGAUUUUCCUGCUCAUGCUGAUUCUCUUGGGAAAGGGAUUCACAGUUACCAGGGCAAGAAUAAGCCACAGUGGGUCUGUCAAACUGUCCAUUUAUAUGACAGUGUACACCAUCACCUACAUCAUUCUCUUCAUAUACGAAGCAGAGUUCUUUGAUCCAGGUGAGGUGCUGUAUGCGUAUGACAGCCCCGCAGGCUACGGUUUAAUGGGUCUGCAGCUUCUCGCAUACGUAUGGUUCUGCUACGCCGUUCUAGUGUCCCUCAAACACUACCCUGAAAAACAACCUUUCUACAUCCCCUUCUUCACAGCCUACACACUGUGGUUUUUUGCUGUGCCAGUCAUGGCUCUUAUUGCAAACUUUGGCAUCCCUCGCUGGGCCAGGGAAAAGAUUGUUAACGGGAUCCAGCUUGGCAUCCACCUCUAUGCUCAUGUUGUCUUUCUGGCAAUCACACGUCCAUCAGCAGCCAAUAAGAACUUUCCUUACCACGUACGGACGUCUCAGAUAGGGAUCCUUCUCUCCAGUCCCAAAGGCAUGGGGGCAGAAAGUUUUCCUCAUCAUGCCUAUGGGAACAGCUCCUUCGUAGGAGACUCUCAGCCAAACUUCACAGAGCUCUUUUCCAUUCAGUCAGAUCCUGUUAAGACGAUCGAUGAGACGGUGGCCCGAAAGGGACAGGAAGUGCCAAGGAACAGUGAGCAUAAGAUCAUCACAACAACUGCAGACCUGACGUCCACAUUUACCCCUCUUCCUCCUCCCAUACCGCCUCGUACCUCCGCCCACUCCCCUCCUCCGCCUCGAUUAACGUCCCAUUUCACUGAGUAUUUUAGUAUGCAAGGGGCCACAAAGAUGGGUUCCAAUGCCUAGAGCAUGCUGUAAAGGAUUGGGAAUGCAGAGAAGUGACACAACAAGAAUAUCUACUUUUGAGGGUUGAGAAAAGAGUUAAAUAUUUCAAUAUGUUCGAUUGACGUAAGAGGGAAGCCAUUUUCAAAAAGUUACCAAAACAUAUGUAUCUUUGAAUUUGUAAAAAGUAGUGCGAGCUGCUUAAACAAAGAGAGACGUUUAGAGGGAGAGGGCAGGAACCCGCUCACUCGGCGCCUAAAAAAUAAGAAGCAAUAAAUAUUUCAGCGAGUGUCAAGAGAGUCAUUGGAGAAGGAGAGAUAAUAUAUAGACAGUGCAAUAGAGUGACAGGAGACAACAGCGAAUCUAGAGUAUAGUUAUUUAAAGCUUAAUGUAAAUAGGAUAGCGAUGUGUACAGUAACAGAACAGUACAAUGAACAUUUUACCUAUUUUAUAAUGCUUCGUUCAUUUCAAGUGGUGCCGUUACUAUAUGAAUUUACAUAAUGAAAAAGAACAGCAGUGAGACAUUUUUUAUGUUUUUAUUUUAUUUAUUAACACAUUUUGUCUGUAAAGUUCAGAUCAUUUAGGAUUUAUAUUUUUAUUCACAUUGAAUAUAGCUAGAUACUUUGCAGACAUAUUAAACUGCAAGUUAACUGUGGAAAACUAGGCAGUAUUUGUAUACCAUGCAUGUUUGUGCUUUGACUACAGUACAUUCUGAUAUAUUCUGUGUAAUUUUGGGUGUGCCUUGUUUUCAGAAAAAAAGGUGAAGUAUGUCAUUUUUGCUAAAAUACGAUCAAAUGGAU